CUACCUCUAAUACGCAUAACUUGCAUCUCUCCACAUAGAGCCUGCGCUUAACCCGGCGGCGCUGAAGUUGACGCAAGCGCUUUGCAAACAGUCGCGACUAAAUUAUAUGUUUUAGGGGGCAAUUACUUGGAAUUUAGGCAUUAUAGGGGUCGUAAUGUCACACCCGAAGCCGCAGAGCGCGGGCGGCAUUCCUCCUCUACCGCCUCCAAGCCCCGCUACCCUUGAAAAGAAAACUCUUGCAGAGAGCAGAUUUUUACGCUUCGUAAACGUCGAGUACAACAGGCCAGGUGACAACGCGAAGGCUAGCUGGCAGUAUGUAGAGCGGACAACUCGGAAAGGUGAAGUUGACGCUGUCAACAUUUUUGCAAUACUGAAGAGCAAGGAUAAUAACCAUCAAGUGCUGAUGGUGAAGCAAUACCGCCCGCCGCUCGGGAAAUUCACGAUUGAGCUGCCUGCCGGUCUUGUUGACAACAACGAAUCACCGAAGGAUGCGGCUCUCAGAGAGCUUAAGGAGGAGACCGGCUACGUUGGGCAUUUCAUCGGGUCUACGGGUCAGCAGUUCCUCAGCCCCGGCUUGACAAACGAAAACAUGGUCACAAUCUUUGCUGAGAUCGACCCCGAACUCCCGGAGAACCGCAACCCCAAGCAGAGCAGGGAGGACCGUAAGAUGGGCAUCACAAAGAUGUGGCUGCCGCUGAAGAACCUGCACCACACGUUGGCCAACUUUGAGGCGCAGGGUUGGGGUGUCUUCGCAGGUCUGUAUGCGAUUGCCCAUGGGCUGUACAUAAAGGAGCGCAUGGGUUUAUGAGCGGCAAACGGCCCCAUUGCGCCCAGGCAGGUUGGGCAGUGGCGAAGGUGCAAUAUAAACAUUCCUUUUCUGUUCCGCGCGACGUAUAGCUUGAAGUUAUGCCGCCAAGCAAGGGCACAUGUGGGCAAGCUGGCCCUGUGGCAGCAGCUUUCUUUACCGCGACGGAUGGCCGCAAUGCUGUUGCGGGCGUACUUACACAGCUUUUACCUGACUCGUACAUCCUUGUUGGUCGUUUCAAACGACUGGGCUGAGCGAUGUGAUUGCUAACUGACUUUCUCCUUUCCCUGGCUCAGCUGGAUUCGGAACUAUGCCUUACUGCGCGGACCCAUAACAGGAAGUGAUGUGUGCGUUGGUGACGGCUGCUAGCGGGUUAAUGGGCAAAAAGGGAUGAUGAGUCCUCGCGGACAUGGAAAGGGUUCCGGUGGCAUGUACGUGGGGCCAUGCGGGGGGCUUGGGAGGAUCAGCGCAUUGGUACUGAGGCUAUAAAGGAUUUGGGCGACGAACGUUCCAGGGCAUGUGGGUUUGCGUGCGCGUCUGUCAGCCCGGACAAUGCACAACACGAUGUGACAUCAUGCGACCGGGAAGGUUUGGCUGGCGGGAACUAACACAGCACCACGUGGAGCUUUGACGUAUGGUGUUGCGGUAAGGUUAGUUUUAAGGAGCGGGGGACUUUCUUGAAUUACUGCCGAAAUGGAGGCGGCUUUAUGAAGGUCGUCGUAGGUGUGGUACAUGCCCUCUGGCGGGCUUGUCAGUCAUGACAGCGACUAGGGAGCACUGUUGGCGUGUUGUCCUCAUAUCUUUCCUAUUCACGAUGUGUGCACCUGCCGUCUUUUGUUGGAUUGUGGGGCUGGCUUGCAGCGCCAUGCAGAAGUCCAGCUUAUGGCUGGAUGCACUCGAACACCUUUGGCAUUACGCGCGAAGCGCCCCAGGGUUACACAGCGGGCAAUCUCUUGUCUACAAAUCAUUCACAACUUGUAAGCCGUUUUGCAUG